CACACGCACACACUCACACACACGCAUACACACACACUCACCGGCGCAACAGCGCGCUCACACAGUGCCAGGUCUCGUGGGCACUUUGUAUCCGUGUGUGUGUGUGUGUGUGUGUGUGUGUGUGAAAUGGUUCCACGGAGAACCUGCUGUAGAUCUUGCUGUAGAUCCGUUCCGCCGUUCUGAUUCCUUCUCCCUGUAAAGCGGUUUGGGUCGCAGCUGUGUGAUGUGACAGCAGGAAGCGACACCAGAGACGAGAUGUUUACCCUGACUGAAGUGGCCUCUCUUAAUGACAUCCAGCCCACGUAUCGAAUACUGAAGCCAUGGUGGGAUGUCUUCAUGGAUUACCUGGGUUUCGUCAUGCUGAUGUUAGCCAUUUUUGCUGGAACACUGCAGUUAACCAAAGAUUACGUGGCCUGUCUUCCCAUUCUAGAGGAGAGCAAUAAGUCAUCAAGCACAAACCCAUACAUGACACCUCCCCCAACGGAGAGCUCCACGUUGGCUUUAGGAACUACACCCGUAGCCACUCAGGAUCUUCCGGACAACGUGGUACAUAAAAUCAGUACUGAGCCAAAAGGACGCAGAACUAACCUGGACUAUCAGCAGUACAUUUUUGUCAACCAGAUGUGUUACCAUGUUGCCUUGCCCUGGUACUCAAAGUACUUUCCUUACCUUGUCCUGAUACACACCAUUGUGUUGAUGGUAAGCAGCAAUUUUUGGUUCAAAUACCCAAAGACCAGCUCAAAGAUAGAGCACUUUGUGUCCAUCCUUGACAGGUGCUUUGAAUCGCCCUGGACCACAAAGGCACUAUCUGAAACUGCAUGCGAAGACUCUGAAGAAAGCAAGCAGAGACUCAUUGCUGGUCAGUCUGGUCCUAACUCUCUGUUCUCAGAUAGCCAAGAGGAGAGCACCAGUUCAUUCCAGCAAGUGUUAGGUAAAAACAGCGUGAAGUUCUCCGCUGAGAAGAUUGUUCCUGAAGGUUCAAGUAUGACCAUUUUGGACAAAAAAGAUGGUGAGCAAGCUAAGGCUCUUUUCGAGAAGGUUCGAACUUUCAGAGCACACAUCGAGGACAGCGGCUUCAUCUACAACCUCUAUGUGGCACAGACCAUCAUCAAAACUCUCAAGCUGAUCGUUAUCCUGGGGUACACAUCGACUAUUGCUUCAGACAUCAAUUUCUAUCACAAAUGUAAACCCAAAAUCGAGCACUUAACUGGAUAUGAUGAAUUUUUCUGCACCCACAAUAUGGCCUUCAUGCUGAGAAAGCUCAUUUUCACAUUCAUGGCUAUAAUCAGCCUUUAUUGCCUCGUGUGCCUGUAUGCACUUUUCUGGCUUUUUCGACGUCCACUUAAGGAAUACUCAUUUGAAAAAGUCAGAGAGGAAAGCAGCUUCAGCGAUAUCCCUGAUGUCAAAAACGACUUUGCGUUUCUCCUCCAUAUGGUCGACCAGUACGACCAGUUGCACUCCAAGCGAUUUGGGAUUUUCCUGUCAGAGGUCAGUGAGAACAAGCUUCGAGAAAUUAGCCUUAAUCAUGAAUGGACACUAGAAAAACUGCGUCAGCAUGUAACCUGCAACGCCCAAGACAAGCAGGAGCUGCACUUGUUCAGUCUCUCAGGACUGCCCAAUGCUGUAUUUGAUCUCAAUGAGCUUGAAGUCCUUAAGCUUGAACUCAUCCCUGAGGUCCGAAUUUCAGCCAAGAUUUCUCAGAUGACCAAUUUACAAGAACUUCAUCUCUACAACUGCCCUGCCAAGGUGGAACAACCCGGGUUCACUUUCCUCCAAGAUCACCUCCGGUGCCUUCAUGUAAAGUUUACCGAUGUGACUGAAAUCCCGCCAUGGGUUUAUCUGUUGAAGAAUCUCAGGGAACUCUACCUGAUAGGUAGCUUAAACUCAGAACAUAACAAACUGAUUGCUUUGGAAUCCAUGAAAGACUUAAGGCACCUAAAGCUAUUAUAUUUCAAAAGCAACCUUAACAAAAUCCCCACCAACAUCACAGAUCUCUCACAACACCUCUUCAAGCUGGUGGUGCACAACGACGGUACUAAAUUACUGGUACAGAACAGUCUUAAGAAGAUGACAAGCUUGCGUGAGCUGGAGCUCCAUCACUGUGACCUGGAGAGGAUCCCUUAUGCCAUUUCCAGCUUGACAAGCCUGCAAGAAUUGGAUCUGAAAUCUAAUAGUUUACAGACCAUCGAAGAAGUCAACAGCCUUUUCCAUCUGAAGAGACUGACAUGCCUCAAGUUGUGGCACAAUAAGAUUGUUGAAAUUCCAACAAACAUAAAUCAUCUGAAGAGCCUCGAGUCACUCUACCUCUCCUACAACAAGCUGCAGACUGUACCAGCCACGUUGUUUUCACUGCCGAAGCUCAGGUACCUGGAUCUCAGCCACAACUCCAUUUUGGUGAUUCCAGCUGAUGUGAGAUUUCCCCAGAGCCUACAGCACUUUGAGAUUACAGCAAACAAGAUAGAGAUUCUUCCCGAACAACUGUUCAAAUGUAUCAGACUUAAAGUCCUCUGCGUGGGGAACAACAGCAUCGCCGUCCUUCCUGUAUCCAUCGGACAGUUAACGCAACUAGUUCAACUGGACGUGAAGGGGAACUGCUUGGAUCACCUUCCACACCAACUCAGUCAAUGUAGACAUCUUAAUAAAAGUUUAUUUAGUGUUGAGGAUCACCUUUUUGACACACUUCCGCUUGAGGUAAAGGAGAGAAUGACAGCGGCUACAACAGUUACCAUGUAAAUUAUUCAAUUCUUCACCCCUUGUUACUCCCUUGCUAAGACCGACUACAGAAAGCUACACUUUUCUGUUUGUUUUGCUUUGAUCUAAAGCAGUGUUCGGACAAAAUGCCUAUAAAACCUAGCACGCAGAAAAGCAAAUUCACUUAAGGGGAAUUGACACAAGGUUUUGGGAUAAAGUAAAGAAUUGCGUAUAUUUCGAUUUCUUUUGCUAAAAUGCUGCUUUGAAUUAUUUUUCAGUCCUUCCGAGAUUUCAUCAGUUUUUUGUUCUGCAACUUGUGGCUUUGUAAUGAUUUCUUAUUACCUGCUAUGUAAUGAUUUCUGAAUUAAAAUCUAAGUGCGAAGCUUUUUACAA